AUGAAAGCAUUUCGUUACAAAGAUUACCGUCCGGAUUCUCGUGAACCAACCCUAAUUUUAGAAUCCAUGAAAGAUUCAUUAAUUCCCAUUGAUCUGUAUCGCGACUUUGUUCACGCAAUUCGAUAUAUCUAUAAUCGAGCGUUGAGAAGGCCGACCACAUCAGAUCUUUGGCCUAAUGAUAGACCAACUGUUGAACCAACACCUCCUCCAAAACCGACUUUCUUUGAUCGAUUGUCGAAUCUAUUCAUGAGACCUUUGUAUAGGCCGCAAGAAAAUGCUCCUAUGCAAUCUCAGAAACCACCAACACCGGUUCGUAAGAUUAAAAUUGGGAAUAUGGAAGUCUCAUGGAAGAAAAAACAAAGCAAUAAGACUAAUGAUAAUAAAGUGUAA